GAAAACCCUCCUCCAAACGAAGUGACAGAAAGGAAAGGAAGAAAGAAAGACUGAAAGAGGGCGCACACAGAAGGAUUGCGAGCGGAGGAAAAUGGCGACUCAGUUCCCGGACGAUUUCAAGUGCCCGAUUUCACUCGAGAUCAUGUCCGACCCGGUUAUCCUCUCAUCGGGUCACACCUUCGAUCGUCCCUCCAUCCAGCGGUGGCUGGACGCAGGCCACCGCUCCUGCCCAGUUACCAAACUGCCCCUCCCCGAUAACCCUUCCCUCAUCCCCAACCACGCCCUCCGCAGCCUCAUUUCCAACUUUGCCCUCGUCUUCCCUCCAAAACCUCAACCCUACCCCGAGCCCCAGGCCCUGAUCUCCAACCUCACCUCCCCCUCCUCCUGUCUCGACUCCAAGCUCGACUCUCUCGACCAACUCACCAAGCUCUCCAAGCGCGACUCGGCCUUCCGACGGAGAAUCACUGAGGCUGGCGCCGUCUCGGCCGUCCUCAACUGCGCCGCCUCCGACAACUCUGGUCUCCAAGAGAAGUCGCUCUCUCUGCUGCUCAAUCUCAGCCUCGACGACGAUAACAAAGUGGGUCUCGUCGCCGAGGGCGCGAUUUCGCGAAUAGUUGCCGCUCUGCAAACCGGCUCGGCUGAUUCGCGCGCCCUGGCGGCUACGAUUAUAACAAGUUUAGCUGUUGUGGAGGUGAACAAGGCCACGAUUGGAGCAUACCCAUAUGCUAUACGAGCCUUGGUUUUGCUUCUUCGUGACGGAAAAGGCCGUGGGAAGAAGGAGGCGGCGACGGCGCUCUACGCCCUAUGUUCUUUUCCCGAUAACCGGAGACGAGCCGUGCAGUGUGGAUCGGUACCCAUUUUGAUCAGAAUUGCGGAUUCGGGGCUUGAGAGAGCCGUGGAGGUCUUGGGUCUUCUGGCGAAAAGUAAGGAAGGGAGGGAGGCAAUGGAGAGGUUCAAUGGGUGUGUGAUGGUUUUGGUGAGAGUGGUCAAGAAUGGGAACUCGAGAGGGAUUGAGUAUGCUUUGUUAACACUGAACUCGCUUUGUUGCCAUAGCGAAGAAAUGUGCGCGGAGGCGAGGAGCGAAGGGGUUUUGGAUCUUUGUAUGGGUUUUGUGGAGGGUGAUAAUGAGAAGAUUAGGCGAAACGCUUCCAGUUUGGUUCGGGUUCUGAGUGGAGGGCACUCGAUGCGGUGAAUUUGCUGUCGGAAAAUUCGAUUUUGCGGGCAUAGAGUUGGGGUUGUGAUCGCUUUGGAGGUGAGUUGGUUUUUUGGUUAAUUGGUUGAACGUUGUUGAAUAGUUUCUGUACAAACAAAACCGAUUAGAUUAUGAUGGUGGGUGGGUGGUUGUUGUUUGCGGGGGAAGGGGGGCAUGGUUCUUUUGUAUCUUGUACAUUGUGAAAUAAAGAUGAAAUGAAUGGUUAGCUCUUUUGUUACCUGUUUUGGGGAAGUUUCAAAUAGCGGCAAUUUAACUGCACAAAUCAAUAUAUCCACAGCCAUAAUUAUUUAACUACAAUGCAGUAUUCUAUUACUCGAAAUAAGAUGAACCAGCCUUCCUCGGAAGCCAACCAGCUCAAAUGCGGGAAGUAAAAUCUCUAGCUGUCGUCUUCGUUCCCUGAAAAAUGAGAUGAGAUAGUAUGAACCUAGAAGUUUAUUAGCUUGGCUGGCCAGAUGCUUAAUUUCAGUUCUUUGUAGUUAAGAGCGGUCAUCGCCAGCACUUGUGUCUUACAAACUGCUAGUUAUCUGGUGAAACAAGCUUUGUGUAUUGAAGGGAUUCGUAUCAGAUUUCAUUUCAAAAUGCUCACAGGACCAGAUUUUUUUGCUUUCAUACUGGAUUUUUAUUUUCUUGCCUAUGUUUUCUUCAACAUGCAUAACACUGUGUAAGGUUCAUUGGAUAUCAGAUUUAUUUGGUCACAUAGUAGAUGCCGACCAUGCUCACAUACAAUUCAUGGAGAUUGUUCUUGGAUGUGUACUUUUCAUAUCGGGGUGCUUGUACUCAACCUCUGCAAUUACGAACAAUUACCUUACUUACUGUAGCUCCACAAUCUGCCUUAUUUUCUUUUAGUUAUAAACAAUAAUGCUUAUAAUAUCGUUGCAAGGAUGUAGUGGACAGUUGUACGUUUUUUCGCUGAAUGGACAGUUCAACUUGGUUA